UGCCCUUGCCGCUGCAGCUACCUGUCGUGGGAUGACUACUUCAUGGCGGUGGCCUUCCUCAGCGCCCAGCGCUCCAAAGACCCAAACAAGCAGGUGGGCGCCUGCAUCGUGGACCGCAACAAUGUCAUCUGCGGCAUUGGCUACAACGGCUUCCCGCGGGGCUGCCCAGAUUCCAAGCUGCCCUGGGCCAAGAAGUCGAGGCGUGGCGACCCGCUGGACACCAAGUACCCGUACGUGUGCCACGCAGAGAUGAACGCCAUUCUGAACAAGAACGGGGCCUCGGUGGAGGGCGCCAAGGUGUUUGUCACCAUGUUCCCCUGCAACGAGUGCGCCAAACUCAUGAUUCAGGUUGGG